AUGGCUUCUUCCUUUCUGCUGUCCACCCAGUCUCCUUUUGCAGUCUUCCUCUUCUUCUCGCUCUUCAUGGUUGGCACCACUUCAAUUCAUGGUGCUGGCGCUUCUGCUUCCUCCAUUCCUGUUUUCGCUAUCAAUGCGACUGAGAAUAAGGAUGAAGUGGAGGCUCUCCUGAAUUGGAAAUCCACUCUCGACAACCGUAGCCAAGCUCUCCUCUCUUCAUGGCAAGGCAACAACCCUUGCCGCUUUACCGGUGUCGCUUGCGACUACCAUGGAGCCAUUGCCCACGUAAAUCUUUCCAGUCUCAGUUUGGGAGGAACUCUAGACUGUUUGGACUUCUCGCGCUUAACCGGUGUGGUUAGCUUUGACCUUUCCAACAACUUGAUCCAUGGCUCCAUUCCCUCCAGUAUCGGUAACCUUUCCAAACUCAACUAUCUUGAUCUUUGUCCAAAUAAACUGUUCGGGAACAUUCCUGCAAGUAUAGGCAUGCUGGGGAGUCUUCAUUCUUUGUACCUAUGUGAAAAUCAGCUUUCUGGACCCAUACCUUCAGCUAUCGGGAGGCUCACUUCUCUUAUCGAACUUGACCUAUCAGAAAACACACUCACUGGCUCAAUUCCUCCUUCCAUAGGAAACUUGACAAGUUUAUCUUUUUUUGAGCUCUUUCAAAAUGAAUUUUCGGGACCUAUACCUUCAGAAAUUGGGAGCCUCAAUUCUCUUGUUGUAUUAAAUCCAGCAGGAAACCAAUUCACUGGCUCAAUUCCUCGUUCCAUUGGUAACUUGACAAAUUUAUCUACUCUUUUUCUCGAACAAAAUGCACUUUCAGGAUCGAUACCUUCAGAAAUUGGAAGCCUAGCCAAUCUAACUCAACUGAGCCUUGCCGACAAUAAAUUCUUUGGUUCCUUGCCUUCUGAAUUCAAUAUGUUAACGCGGUUGACUAUUUUGCAUCUAUUUAAUAAUGAACUAGAGGGGGAACUGCCAGAAGACGUAUGCCUUGGGGGAUCAUUACGAUAUUUCACGGCUGGCAAUAAUCAUUUCACGGGUCCCAUCCCAACAAGCUUAAAGAAUUGUAGCACAUUAAUCCGAUUGAGGCUACAAAGAAACCAACUUACUGGAAACAUAGCAGAAGCUUUCGGAAUAUAUCCAUAUCUAUAUUUUAUUGACUUGAGCAGCAAUCAUCUGAAUGGCGAACUUUCGUGGAAAUGGGAGCAUUGUCGUAAUUUGACGAGCUUAAUCAUAUCAAACAACAACAUUUCCGGUGAGAUACCUGCAAUAUUUGGAAGGAUGCGUCAAUUACAGCUACUAAACCUUUCUUCAAAUAAUUUACGUGGAGAGAUUCCAAGGGAAUUGGGAAGCCUGUCGAUGCUAUUAGAACUCGAUUUAAGCAACAACUCAAUCUUGGGAAAUGUCCCGACUGAGAUUGGACUUUUAUCCCAUAUGACACAUCUGAACUUGGCAUCAAACAAUGUGAGCGGAUUGAUACCGGUGCAGCUAGGCUCAUGCAAAAGCUUGUUGAGCUUGAACUUGAGCAGAAACAAAUUUCAAAGAAGUAUUCCUCCUGAGAUAGGCAACACAAAAGUCCUCGAGUUCUUGAUCUGA